GUUAACUGGUGGCGAUUGAAUUUUUUCAUUUCAAAUCUACAAAAUAGAACAAAAACAACAAAUUAAUGUUUUGAAAGAAAAAACAGCAACGCAACAGCAACAACAACAAAACGAUUUUGGCCGAAACCAUAAAAACUCCAACAACGACAGUAAAGUGACAAAGAACCGGAAACAACAUCCGGUGUUGAAAUCAGAUUUUGCGUUAAUAAUUUGCCACCCCCACCCUCAUCUAGCACUCGGCCAGGUGUCUCUCUACGUGUGUGUGUGUAUGUGUGGUAAAAACAGGCAGCGGGGCAGCAGCAGUAGUGGUAUCGGCAUAGAUUGCUGCAAGAGAGAAAAAACCAAGGCAACUGCGAUUACCAAAAAAACAAAUCAUGUUUCUGCGAUAACAACCCGGAGACAGACAGAACCGAAUUCCUAUCCAGCAAAUUCAUCUAAAGGCUGGAUCAAAAGUAUUCUAGAUAAGGAGCAGAGCAGAGAAGAGCAACAACAACAGAAAACCACAUUACACAACACAAUGUUGAUGAUGACGCUAACGCUGACCAUGAAACCCAAAACGAAACCCGGCAUAAUUCUAUUAGUCGUAUCCAUCAUUAGUUUAAGCUUCCAAGAGAUUUAUGCACAAACCACUUGCAAGAAUGGCCUGGGACGUGUUCUCUACGAACGCCUGCCAAACCAACAGCUCCAAGGCUACGAUGACGAUGUGGUACGCGACACGGCACCGCCUUUUCGCGUUCUCGAGAAAUGUCAGGAUUUAUGUUUGCGUGAUCGCACUGGCACCAAUAAUUUGGUGCGUACCUGCACCAGUUUCGAUUUCCAGCCGGGCAGUCGCAUUACAGCGUUCGGUGGCAACAUGGAGUACGAAGAGUCGCUGUGCUAUUUGACAUCGGAACAGGCCGGACCCGAAGGUAUUGGCAGUUUAAUGCUGGUGCCAAACAGUGUACACUUCAAUGAGAUUUGUCUGACAUCUAGCCGUCCCGAGCGUGAAUGUCCCAGUCGCCGUUAUGUUUUCGAACGUCAUCCUCGCAAGAAACUUAAAUUGCCAAUAUCGGACAUUAAAGAGAUAACCGCUGCCAAUCGUUCAGAUUGUGAAGAUAAAUGUCUCAAUGAAUUCUCAUUUGUUUGCCGUUCGGCAAAUUUCGACUCCACUAUGAGAUCCUGUACACUCAGUCGAUUCACCCGUCGCACCCAUCCCGAACUACUGGAAGAUGAUCCCAAUUCGGAUUACUUGGAAAAUACCUGUCUAAAUGCCGAACGUCGUUGCGAUGGUCUGGCCGUAUUUGUGAAAGAAGAAAACAAGCGAUUGGGUGGCCCCUUCGAAGUGGAUAUAUUCAAUAACAUGACGCUGGAAGAAUGUCAAACGAUGUGUUUGAGAGCGGAAAAAUAUUUUUGCCGUUCCGUGGAGUUUGAUGAUCAGACCAAACAAUGUAUUUUAUCCGAAGAGGAUUCCAUAUCACAAAAAGAUGACAUCAGCAUAAGUUCCAGUCCCACUCAUCAUUUUUAUGAUUUAGUGUGUUUGGAUAAUCAACGUGCCACCGACUAUCCGGAUAAUUCCGUGACCUCACAUCUCUUCUCGGGUGGACGUCGACCUGAUACGGCAUUUCAACGAUAUCGUAAUUCACGUUUGGGAGGAGAAUUUCAUUCGGAAAUAACUGGGCGUUCGUUGAGUGAAUGUCUGGAUGAGUGUUUACGUCAGACCAGUUUCCAAUGCAGAUCUGCUGUCUACAGCGAUCGUUUUCGAACAUGUCGCCUGAGUCGUUACAACCAAAAGGAUGGCAUGAGGAUUAUUUAUGAUGCCGAUUAUGAUUAUUAUGAAAAUUUGAUGCUUAACGUGGUUGGCGGUAAUGGCGAUGGUGAUGGCCAUUCCGGAUCUGGUGGUUCUGGUGUGGGCGGUCAUCGACCCUCCGACCGUCCCGGUGUGGAUAACUCUUGGCGCAAUCCCAUCAAAGAUGAUGAUCGUUAUGGCGGUGGUAAUCGUUAUGGUCCUGGCAGCGGUAGUGGUGGUGGUAGCGGUGGUGUGGGUGGCCGUUUGCCGGGUGAUUCAGCUGGUGGUGAAUAUGGACGUCCACCCUAUGAUCGUUACCCUGGUGACUCGGGAGGUCUUGAUUAUGACCGUUAUCCCGGCUCUAGACCUGGGGCCAGUGGUCCAGGUGGAGUUAGACCGGGCGGUUCAGUUGGCAGGUUCCCGGAUGAUUAUGAUGAUCGUGAUCGCCAUAGAGAUCGGGACCGUUAUCCCAAUGGUGGUCCAGCGGGUGGUUAUUAUGAUGAUGAUCGUUAUCCCUUGGAUGCAGAUCGAAAUCGUUUGCCCGGAGAUCGUGAUCGUUUGCCAGGAGAUCGUGAUCGCUUGCCUGGAGAUCGUGACCGUUUGCCUGGAGAUCGUGAUCGUUUGCCGGGAGAUCGUGACCGUUUACCCCUGGAUCGUGAUCGCAAUCGUUUACCCGGAGAUCGUGAUCGUCUGCCGGGAGAUCGUGAUCGUUAUCCUGAUGAUCCAGAACGUUAUCCUGAAGAUCGUGACAGGGGACGUGAUCCCUAUGCUGGCAAUCGUGAUCGUUUUCCUGGGGAACGUGACAGAUAUCCAUUGACCGAUCGAGAUCGUCCCUACAUGAAUCGUUAUCCUGGCCCCGGACGUUAUCCUUAUGAUGAUCAGCUACCUCCUCCCAAAGAUAGAUAUGCAGGACGUUAUCCUGAAUCAGAUCGUUAUGGUGAUCGUUAUCCCGAAUCGGAUAGAUAUAUACCCCGGGAUCGUUACACUCCCAUGCGUCGGCCCUUGGCUGGACGUUAUCCCCUGAUAGAGGACAACACACUGCCACCAGAUAUGCCACACACCAGACCCUAUCCACCGGAUGAUGAUGUGCCCUAUAGACCUUACUUGCCAGGAAGUCGUUAUCCCGAGGAUCGCUAUGCGGGACGUUAUCCUUCACGUUAUCCCAAUAUGAGAGAACCCAUUGGGGGCUACACAGGACGUGAUGAUCCUGAAGGUAUUUUCCCUGAUCGCCGUUUUAGACCCUCUUCCUAUGAUUCUCGUUAUCCUGAUGAUUUGAGACCUGGGUCAGGUGGCCGCUAUGGACCAGAUGCUCGUUAUCCUGGAGAGGAUAUUGUUCAUGGCGCCCGAAGACCUGAACCCGAUUCGGCGAAACGUUAUCCUCCAGCACCAUUAGUACCGCCUGUUGGCAGUGGUAAAUAUCCACCACCUGGCACUUCGCCCAAUCGUUUCCCGGUAGGUAAUGACCGUUAUCCCAUUGAUAUUUACAAAUAUGGCAAUCGUUACGAGGGCAGUUCGGCAGCAGGAGGAUUCCGAGGAGGUUACAAUCGUCCACCUCCUCCCCCACCACCAUACUACGACAUGGACUAUGAGGAGCGUUAUGGCGAUCGUUAUGGUCCCUAUGAUCGUGAUUUUGAUAGACCAGCUGGCCGACGUCCAAUAUCGAAUGCCGGAGGCUAUGCCUAUGACAUGCCCUAUAAUCGUCCCUAUCAUAGACCAGGAGGAGCAGGAGGACCUGGUGAUGGCUCACUGACACCUUUGCCCAAUGAUCACCCAAUACCGGGAGCUUUGCCGCCACCUUUGGCACCAGCCUCAUAUGGCGGUGGACCAGGUGGUCCAGGCGGACCUCCUGGCAUCCCAAGACCUCCCAUUACCCGCUGCGAGGAGAGCGAUAAUUUCAAGCAGGUUGCAGCACGUCACAAGAUGAGACGUCACUUUAUACGUCGGGCCUUGAUCGUUCCCACGCUGAUACAAUGCGAAAGAGAGUGUGUUGAAACGAGGGACUUCAUAUGUCGCAGCUUUAAUUAUCGGGACACCGCGGUAAGCAAUUAUGAUGAGCGUGAUAUACCCAAUUGUGAGUUGAGUGAUCGUGACUCUCGUGAAUUGGACGUCCAUGAUCCCAAUUUGUUCGAUGCCGCCAAUUAUGAUUUCUAUGAGCGAAGCAGUGCUGGCCGAAGCGAUGGCGAGUGUAUGGAUGUUACCCAAACAUGCAAUGAGGAAGGCAUGGAAUUCACCAUUAGGACACCCGAGGGUUUUGUGGGACGCAUCUACACAUAUGGCUACUAUGAUCGCUGCUUCUUCCGCGGCAAUGGCGGCACAGUAAAUGUGCUACGCAUCAGCGGCCCUCAGGGUUAUCCUGACUGUGGCACCCAACGUUAUGGCGACACCCUAACCAACAUCGUCGUCGUUCAAUUCUCCGACAAUGUCCAGACGAGUCGUGACAAACGUUAUAAUUUAACUUGCGUCUUCCGUGGCCCCGGUGAGGCUGUCGUAACUUCAGGUUACAUUGGAGCUGGUCUUUCUGAUCCCAACAGUUCUGGUAGCCCCAUACCCAUUGAGUAUUUGCCAGCCGAAAAUACGCUCAGCUCAAAGGUCCGGUUGAGUAUUUUAUAUCAGGGUAGGCCAACGACAACAAUUGCUGUGGGCGAUCCGCUGACAUUCCGUCUAGAGGCUUUGGAUGGCUAUAAUCAUGCCACAGACAUCUUUGCCACAAAUGUGGUGGCUCGAGAUCCGUACUCGGGCAGGAGUAUACAGUUAAUUGAUCGGUUUGGAUGUCCUGUGGAUCCCUAUGUCUUUCCUGAAUUGGACAAACUGCGUGAUGGCGAUACUUUAGAGGCCCGUUUCAAUGCCUUUAAAAUUCCCGAAUCCAACUUUUUGGUGUUUGAGGCAACUGUGCGCACUUGUCGCGAUGGUUGCCAGCCGGCUUAUUGCCCCGGCCCGGCCGGUAGACAAGAACCCUCAUUUGGGCGCCGUCGCAGAUCAUUGAAUGACACUGAGACUCUAACUGAGGAAGUCGCUAGCAGUACUGAAGAUUCCUUGGAACCUGUGGCCGAACGUUUGGUCGAUGAGUUGACAGAGCUGAAUAGCACCACUGUGACCAGUACCCUGGGUGAGGGUAAUAAAAAUAAUACAGUGGAAGCGGAAAAUGAAGAACCCGAGCAAGUUAGGGAAAUGAUAGAGGUCUUUGAAAGCCGUGAAGAAAUCGAAAAUGAAUCCUAUCCCCGUAAACUGGUUGCCCCGGUGGAAACUGUUUGCCUCACACCCUCCGAAUAUCAUGGCCUGAUUACAGCAAUAAUUUUACUUAUGAUUCUACUGCUGAGCAUAACCCUGGUCUCAGGUUUGGCCUAUCGUCGCUAUUGGAAAACAAUGUCUAAAAAUCGUAUAGCUGAUCGUCAUUCCCCAAUACAUUCGUUGGGCCACUCGUCGUCGAUACGCACCCACGAACGUUUCAGUGAAAUCGGACAUAUGCCGAAUGGGUCGAGUGGUGGCGGUUCGAAUGUCACCACCGCAAAUCGUGCUGCAAAUGCCUUCCGUUCGAAUGUCUCUAUGUUUGGCGGUUCACUGCAUAAGACAUUUGCCACUGGAAAUUUAGCACGAAUGUGUCAGCUGCCCGUGAUAAAUCCAAUGCGUAAUGCCAAUUUAGGACCCAAUCAAUUCGAAGAUCCCAGUGAGCCCAUCUAUACCGAUCCAUCGCUAUUCGAACGUUCCAGAUCCCUGCGCAGUCUCAAUGUGGACGGUGGCGAAGGAGGCGACAACAAUCACACCGAACAACAUCAUCAAGCUUAAAUGUAAUUCUCCGAUUUGUGCAUUUCUUCGAAAACCCAUGGACUUUUUUAAUUUUUUACUCUUUUUUUUAAUAUGAUGAACCCAAACCAAAAUAAUGAUAAUAAUGAAAAUAUUAUACAUAAAUAAUUCAACAAAAUAAUAAUGAUAAUAAUAAUAAAAUGUCUCAAACUCAAUAGAAUUUAUUUUUUUGUAACUGCCUUUAAUUUGCAAAUUUUAUAUAACUAAUUUCUUUAUGCAUUUCGUGUUCAUUCCUUUAGCAAUAUUAUUUGGUAAGCAGAAAUUAAAAAAAAAUAAAAGCUCAUACAGUUUAAAUCUGUGAUUAUAAACACCAAAAAAAAAUGCAAAAUAAUUUUUUGUAAUUAAAAUCACAAAAAAGCAUAGAAAGACCAAAAAAUAACGUAUUUUCUAUAUAUAAAACUAAUAAUCGAAAAUAAACAAUACAUACCAAAUAGAAGCUGCAAUACACAAGAGCAAAUUGUAAUAAUUAAAAUCAGUUUAUUAAUUAAAUAAUUUAGAAACAUAAGUUUAAGUUUAACAAUGGACACACUAACA